AUAGCUAACGUAAUAGCUCGCUAACGGUCACCAUUCACUAUUUGCCAUUUCACCAUUAUCAAUCGCACAGCUAAGCUAACGGAGCAUGGGCAGCAAACGGAUGGUUAACAAGCUUGCUACGACCAACGCUGGGGCAAGUAAUAGUCUUCGGCGAGGAAUGGUCUUUCCUGCAUGGACGUGCACACCGGAUAUACUGCAUGGAUAUACUGCAAACAUGUCUACAAAAUGAAGAAUGCAUAUAAAAACAACCCAACAUCAUAUUAAUUUCUGGAUGCACCUCUAUGAUUUCAGAUGCCAAAGUUAGGUUACUUGGCAGUAAAUCAGGGUCGGCACAUUGGACUGCAGCAGCUGGCAGCAUUAGCUGCAGCAGCAAAUGCCUUCUUGGGCCCUGAUAAAAAGUUCAAGUUCGUGGAGGACCAGGAGAGCGGGAAGUCCAACAUGGUGUGCUCCUCCUACCGUUUACUGGAGCAGCUGGAUCUGAGCUGUGCUGCUGGACAACUGCUCAAUGAGACUGUGCAGGCGCACCAGAAGGUGUUUGGUACAGGAACAGGCUGUCUGCUGUUCAUGGUGGGAGUCUGGAGCGCAGCGGCUCUGGAGUGCCUUCAGGAGGGGGUACCCGUUCAGCAUAUUGUGUCAGCCAUGUUGGAAGGGUUGGACUCAUGUUUGAUAGCCAGCAGGGGAAUCCGCCUGCCGAUCAAGGAGGCUGUCUGCCAUUUUGGCUCUGGAGGGGACAAACGUCCAGACAGGCACAGAGUUCCCAUGGGUAAAGGUUGCCUCGUGCCUCUUAAAUCCACUAUUGUCUCCUCUCUGUCAUUCGCACAUGAUGCGAGUGGGAUGGCGGCUUGCAGACUUAACAGCAGAAAAACACAUAAGGCUGAGACUUGCAAGCCACAAGCUCUCCUGAGGGGAAAAGCAAAAAUAAAACUGACUCACAGUAGGCAUUUUGGCCCAGGUGAAAAAACAGAGACGGGAAGCUCAGCGGCAGCGAUGACUCCAUUCUCAUCACUUUCAGGGAAGCCUGAACCCCUUAAUAUUGCCCAUCUGGCUGGCUCUGUGAGUCAUGGUUGUGAGGACGGGAUGAGUCUGGUUGUCGAGGCCUGCAGAAUUCAGAUGGAGAGCAACAGGGUCGAUAGCGGGCGUGGAACAUUUGACAUCAGCAAACUAGUGACAUGUGUCCUGCCCUGGCUGCCCGAGGGGUGUGCCACCGUCCUUCAGGGGUUCCUCACUCUCAUCUCUGAGGAGCAGGCUCCGACCCCCAAACUCCUUGGGGACCGAAGUCUUUACGUGGCUGUUAUCAACGGUGACCUUUCUGAGAGUUACCGCCACCUGGGCUUCAUCAGGCCGGCUGAUGUCCGGCACACAACUGGAAAAUUGGAUUCUCUAGGGUUAAAUUUGGAGAGUGAGUGGGCUGGGAAAACAUUAAUGACUCUGCGGAGGCUGAAGGUCGACGUGCUCCUGGUUGGUGGAGUGGUGGCAGAGAGUCUACGCCAGAACUGCAUUGAGCAAGGGCUCCUAGUUGUUGAGAGGGUGACACGUGGUGUCUUGCGGGACUUCACUGAAACAACGGGGGCCGUGGCAGUCACCUACGUGUCCCAGCUGGAUGAGGACUGUGUGGGCAAAGGUGCAAGGGCAUCCAUGUUGCGGGAAUGCGGAAAAGCUGUAGCGGUUAACAUCCAGGCCAAUGGGACCCUGCUUGUAACAGUGGUAAUCUCCAGCUGUGUUAGCAGUAAGCUACAGGUGCUGGAGGACCGGUUUUGGGGCUGUGCGCACCGCCUGUACCAUGCAAUGGGGGACGGGCAUGUCCUGCCUGGUGCGGGGGUCACUGAAAUUCUCUGCGCCCACCAUCUCAGAGAACUCUCAAAACUUGAUGGCAACAAAACACGCCCACAGGGAGACUCAAACUCGUACAGGGGUGUGGUGCUCCAAUACAUGGCGGAGGGGUGGAUGGAGUAUAUGGCUACGGUGAUGUACAACACUGCAGUAUGUCCCUCAAAGCUGGAAGCCUGGACAGUUAUUAACCAAUCUCUGAAGGGCUUGGGGGCAGGGACAUUAUCAUACGCCUGCCUCUUGGAGCAUCUCCACAAUGAUGGAGGAGGUGUGGUCGUCUACGACAAUGUGGAGGCAAAGUUGGAAGCCUGGAGGAGGGCCUUGGACCUGGUCCUCCUGGUGCUUCAAACCGACACUGAGAUCAUCACUGGCUUGAGCACAAAAGAUGCCAAGCAGGAAUCCCAUCUCAUGUUGAUUUAAGGAGAAUUUUUUUCAAAAAAAGCAUAUGAAUGAAUAAAGUUUGUCAGCAGAU